UCAUUUAACGUGGUAACAUCAGAACACGUCAUAAUAUCAUGUCUGUCUUCAAGAAAUGACAAUCGAGAGCAUAUCGGAAAGUAUAAAAGGGCACUGGCUGAAUUAUAAUUUAUAUUGUGGUGACGCUUUGAAAAUUAAAAAAAUAAUCAUUUUGAUAUAAUAAGAAACAUCUCGCAAUUAAUAGUCAAAAAUAGGGAGUGAAUAAGGAGAAUUUAAAAGAUUGUAAUGGAUUACGAAUAUGAGGGAAAACCAGACUUGGAGGUAGUUGCGAGAACAUCAGGUGCUAAUAACGUCAAACUAAAUAAAAAAUCUGCGCUUGAUGAUUUAGUACAAAGUGUGACUUUACAUAUUCGGAACCCUAUAGCCCUAAGCGGCAUAGUAAUGCCUUUUGUCAUUUUAUAUUUGGGUGCAUUUUAUGCUUGGAUUUUUAUUUACGGCGUUGAUGUACACUAUGAAGCCGGUCUUAUCACUGUCGCUGUAAUCGCUUUCAUUCAGAUUUUAGCAUUACUUUGUUGCUAUUGGAGUGUUCAUGUACUUACAUUUCUUAAUUGCCGCAAUGUCAAAACACCAGGGGCAGGCGUUUUAGCUAAAGUCAUACCCACAGCAAACAAUGGAUCAUCUCAAUUAGUUCAAAUAAACAGCAUUAGAUUAGCUAACGGUAAUAAGCAGCUAUAUUUUAUUUUUCAAAAAACAAAAUAUGUUUGGGAUGAAGAGAGGAAAACAUUUCGUGGAAUAGCUUUUCCUAUACACGAAACCUUACGCCAUUAUACACGCAGUCGUGGACACGAAACUGAAAGCGCUGUUAAAUUAGCUGAACAAUUAUAUGGGUUAAAUGAAAUGAAAAUGGUUGUACCAGAGUUUUAUGAAUUAUUCAUUGAACGUGCCACUGCACCAUUUUUUGUUUUUCAAAUAUUCUCAGUUGCUUUGUGGUGUUUGGACGAAUAUUGGUACUAUUCAUUAUUUACACUAUUUAUGAUGAUUAUUUUUGAGUGUACUCUUGUUGGUCAACAACUUCAUAAUAUGUCCGAAAUACGAAAAAUGGGAAACAAACCAUAUGUGCUAAAUGCUCUGCGGCAAAAUAAAUGGAGACUAAUAAAUUCUGAUCAAUUAGUUCCAGGAGAUAUUGUAUCUAUAACUAGAUCACAAAACGAUAAUUUGGUUCCCUGUGACAUCGUCUUACUACGUGGUAAUUGUAUAGUUGAUGAGAGUAUGUUGACGGGAGAGUCGGUGCCUCAAAUGAAAGAAUCAUUAGAAACGUUGGAUCAUUUGGAUAAAGAACUUGAUAUGGAAGGUGAAAGCAAAUUGUUCAUUCUUUUUGGAGGAACUAAAGUUGUUCAACACACUGCUCCUACAAAGGAUGCAUUGCGAGCCCCUGAUAGUGGUUGUAUUGGCUACGUAUUACGCACUGGGUUCAAUACAUCUCAGGGAAAAUUAUUAAGAACUAUUCUCUUUGGUGUAAAUCGCGUAACCGAAAAUAAUCUGGAGACUUUUGCUUUCAUCCUAUUUCUUAUGGUAUUUGCUGUUGCAGCUGCUGUUUAUGUUUGGAUUAAGGGCACCGAGGAUCCAGAUCGAAGCCGUUAUAAAUUAUUCUUAGAGUGCACUCUAAUAUUGACGUCUAUUAUUCCACCCGAUUUGCCAAUUGAAUUAACGUUAGCAGUGAAUACAUCGCUUAUGCAAUUGUCAAAGCUCUUUGUGUUUUGCACUGAGCCAUUCCGUAUUCCCUUUGCUGGAAAAGUAGAAAUUUGUUGUUUUGAUAAGACUGGAACUCUUACAUCGGAUAAUUUGAUGGUUGAAGGUAUAGCGGGCUUAACAGAUGACUAUGUAGUUAUACCAAUGGAAAAAGCUGAAGACAUAACAAUACAAGCUGUCGCAACAUGCCACGCCUUAGUAAUGAUUGACGAUGGUUUGGUUGGAGAUCCCCUUGAGAAGGCAAUGCUUACCGCGGCCGAUUGGAGUUUAACGAAACAAGACACUGUUAUUCCAAAACGAGGAAAAUUAAAACCUCUUCGUAUUUUUCAUCGUUAUUAUUUCUCUUCAGCAUUAAAAAGGAUGUCUGUAUUAGCUAGCUAUUUGGAACCAUUUAGCAAUGAAGUUUAUAUUGGCACUGUAAAGGGAGCCCCUGAAGUUAUUCAGAAAAUGUUAAAAGAAGUCCCUAAGAAUUAUGAAAAGACAUUUCUUGAGUAUUCUCGUCGGGGUGCACGAGUUUUAGCGUUGGGUAUAAAGAAGUUUGGCCCAAUGGACGCGCAACGUGUCCGAGAUUUGAAAAGAGAGGAUGUAGAAAGUGAUUUGACUUUUGCUGGUUUUGUUAUAAUAUCGUGUCCUAUAAAACCCGAUUCUAAAUUUGUAAUCAAAGAACUUAUUCAUGCUUCGCACAAAGUUGUAAUGAUUACAGGAGAUAACCCACUUACAGCUUGUCACGUAGCCAAAGAAUUACGUUUUACACGUAAAAAGCUACUAAUUCUUACUCGUAACGAAAACCCCAAUGAAAAGUGUAUUAAAUGGCAAUGGGCUUCAAUUGACACAGAGUCUGUUUUUGAUCUUAAACACGAAUUGAAAGCAUUGCUGAGUGGAAAUGAUCUAUGUAUUACUGGAGAAGGCUUACAGUACCUUAGAGAACAAGAAAAUUUAUAUUUAUUAAAAAUAUUACCGUAUAUUACAGUGUGCGCACGCUUUGCACCUAAACAAAAGGAAUAUGUUAUCACUUCUUUAAAGCAUCUAGGUUAUUACACACUUAUGUGUGGGGAUGGUACUAAUGAUGUAGGUGCCCUUAAACAUGCCCAUGUAGGUGUAUCGCUUCUGAGUAAUGGACCAAUUAAACCUAAAAGGAGGCGUGAUAUCACAAAUGGAACUGAAUCAAUUUUUUCUGAUGCAGGUGCAUAUUUAUCUGGUAAUUCCGCUGUAAAUGUUCGAAACCUAGGUGGUGUAAGAAAUACUGUAACUGGUGCCUCCAAUACGAUGGAGCGUUUUACCGUGUCACAGCGUGAUCGUGCAAUGUUACGUCAGAGAGAAAACUUAAAUGCUACUCAAGCGCGGUUGCAAUCUGAACUUAAAGAUAUAUAUGAAGAAACGUCCGUGGUAAAAUUGGGAGAUGCUAGUAUAGCCGCACCAUUUACAAGCAAGACAUCAUCUAUAGCAUGUGUAAAUCACAUUAUCAAACAAGGACGUUGUACCUUGGUAACUACCCUACAAAUGUUCAAAAUAUUAGCAUUAAACGCACUCAUAUCUGCUUAUUGCCAAUCUGUUUUGUAUAUUGACGGAGUCAAAUUUAGUGACAUGCAAGCCACUCUUCAGGGUCUCUUUAUAGCUGCUUGUUUUUUAUGUAUAACACGUUCAAAGCCGCUGAAGACCCUAUCGAAAACUGCACCAUUGCCAAAUAUAUUUAACUUUUAUAGUGUAUCAACGAUACUUUGCCAAUUUGCCGUACAUUUUGGCGCACUUUACUAUUUAACACAAGAGGCAACAGAACGGGUUCCUGAAAGAACAGGGAAAGUGAAACUCUAUAUAGAUAUGGAUCCAGAAGAAAAGCAAACUUUUCAACCCAAUAUCAUAAAUAGCACUGUUUACAUAAUUUGUCUUGCUCUACAAGUGUCUACCUUCGCUGUUAACCACAAGGGGCAUCCUUUUAUGGAGAGUUUGCGUGAAAAUCGUCCACUACUAAUAUCCAUUUUAGUGUCAACGGGCUUAGUUUUAUUUCUUUCUUUGGACAUCUCAUCUGAACUUACAGAAACUUUUGAAAUUGUAUCAUUCCCCGAAGAUUUUCGCAAAAUGCUUGUUUUUGUUUUGCUGGCGGAUACUUUGGCUGCUUUCGCCCUGGACAGAAUGUGCUCAUUCCUUUUUGGAGAAACAAGACGAAAACCUAAACUUGUCGAUUGCUAAAUGAAGAUGCCAAACUAGAAAUUAUGUAGGUAAUUCUUUUAUUUGCAACAAAGACUUCAAGCUUCAAAAUAUACAAUAUUUAUUUAACUUUACAUUAAAUGAAU